AUGGUGUCCUACGACCCUCCCUACGGUUUCCCUCUGCGCCGAAAUGGGACCUGUCUCAGCAGCGAGACCAGCUGCGGCCGCACCUGGGACAACUUCCACGCGUGCUGUCCUGGCAACUCGGUCUGUCCCGGGGCCACGCAACGCAUUCCCAACAAUGUCUGUUGCCCAUCAGAGUCCGACUGUACCGCUCCGCUGGAAGAGUCGCCCCACUGCGCCCUCGCAAAUGGGACGAUGUAUGAUCACACUGGGUACUUUUGCUGUCUCAGCGACCAGACGGGUUUCUGGACGAGCAGUCCGAAAGACGCCGUUGGCUGCUCGGACGGGAUCCCCAACAACCGAUCGUAUUCCAUUUUGAAUCCGAUUUCCUACAAUACCUCCGAAUCUGCCACCUUGACAUCGUCGACAUCCACGGCCGCUGCCACAUUGUCUACCUCCGCCUCCUCCUCCGCCACCACCUCGUCCACAUCCGACUCAUCCACCGGCGCGUCGAGUAAUCAUGGCGGUGCGAUCGCCGGAGGCGUAGUCGGCGGCGUCGGCGGUCUCGCCGUGAUUGGCGCCUUCAUCUGGUACCUCCUGCGUCGGCGUCAAAAGAACCAGCCCGUGCCACCCCCAGCUGGCGAACCUGGGCUGCCGCACCAGUACCAGAACCUGCAUCCCAGGGAGCUCCACGGACACGGCGUGGCGGCGGAGCUGGACAACAUGAAAGAUACGCAAAUUCACGAGUUACCGGCCGAGAAAUAA